CUGCUCUCGCCUCUCCCUUGACCUCAGAAAAAAACACGGUGAUCGUUCGCUCCAUGGUUUGCUCGCGUGCCACACCGAACCUGCGCGCUGUGCUUCAGUGACGUCGCUCCAUUGGAGCCUGUGGUUGGAGCGCGAGUUAUUUUCACAUAUCAACCGGGAGAGAGAGGAGAGCGAGCGCACGGCGGUGCCAGACAUGGUCAGCGGUUUCAGAGAACACUGUGAAAUCAACCGGGAGGGACAACAUCCUAGACAUGGAAUGCGACUGUGCAACAUUGUGUCUUUCCUGGCUGACUGACGUUAUUUUUCUGCUCAACCAUUGAAGAGGAGGAGGUUUGUCGUUUACGUAUUGGAUUCCAGAGAACUGGGAACACCCCUGUCUCUAUUUCUCUCCCUCGGGUUGAAAAGUCACCAGAGUAGAAAGGAUAUUUCGGUUUAUUGGAAUUAUAGCUGCUCUGAAGAUGAUCACCGGUGUUUUCUGGGAACAUUGUCUUGGAUGAGAACCUGUGAGCAUCAUGAGUACCAAUGCCUAUCAGCAGGGCUCUUUGGGCAGUGAGCGGAGCUCUGGACCUAUCCGGUGUCAGCGUUGUCGGGAGGUGUGUAAGGGAGAAGUGGUUCGCGUUCAGGACACACACUUCCACGUCAAGUGUUUCACCUGCACAGUGUGUGGGUGUGGCCUGGCUAGAUCUGGGUUCUUUCAGAAGAGUGGUGAGUACAUCUGUACGUCAGACUACCAACGUCUGUACGGGACGCGCUGUGACCGCUGUGACGGAUUCAUCACCGGGGAGGUGGUCUCAGCACUGGGGAGGACCUACCACCCUACCUGCUUUGUCUGCAGUGUCUGCAGGAAGCCGUUCCCUAUCGGAGACAGAGUGACGUUCAGUGGGAAGGACUGUGUGUGUCAACAGUGUUCUCACACACUCGUCACCUCCAACGAACCAAUCAAGAUCCAUGGACCCAGCCACUGUUCAGGGUGUGGAGAGGAUAUAAAACAGGGACAGUCUCUGCUGGCGUUGGAGAAACAGUGGCAUGUCAGCUGCUUCAAGUGUCAAACCUGCAACAUGGUCCUCACUGGGGAAUACAUCAGCAAGGACAACGUGCCGUACUGUGAGUCUGAUUACCACGCCCAGUUUGGGGUUAAGUGUGAGACGUGCAGCAGAUACAUCAGUGGACGGGUUCUGGAGGCAGGGGGGAAGCACUACCACCCUACCUGUGCCCGCUGUGCCCGAUGUCACAUGAUGUUCACAGAGGGAGAAGAAAUGUACCUGCAUGGUGGUGAAGUGUGGCAUCCUUUGUGUAAGCAGGCAGCCAGAGCAGAGAGACGACUCAGGCACAGACGUCUGUCAGAGACCUCCAUCUCUCCACCGGGUUCGUCUAUUGGCUCUCCCAGCCGCGUCAUCUGUGUAAGUAACCAAUCACAAGUCAAUCUUCCUCUAGCUCCACACAACCUUCAGGGCCCACUAGCUUUGAAAAUACAAACCAUUUUCUCCUGAAGAAUGCACUCACUAUCUCAAAGCGUUUGAUUGGUGUAGGCAUGGGCUAGUGGGAAUAUCAACCACAUGUCAUUUCCUAUCAAAUUAAUGAUUUUUCAUAUGCGCCAAAUACAACAGCUGUAGUCUUUACCGUGAAAUGCUUACUUACGAGCCCUUCCUGAUGUUGCAGAGUUACAAAAUUAUAAUAAAGAGAAAAAUGUUAACGCAAGAGGAAUAAAAUACACAAGAAUGGAGCUAUAUACAGGAAGUACCAGUACCAGAUCAAUGUGCACCUAUAUACAGGAAGUACCAAUAUCAGAUCAAUGUGGAGUUAUAUACAGGAAGUAACAGUACCAGAUCAAUGUGGAGCUAUAUACAGAAAGUAACAGUACCAGAUCAAUGUUGAGCUAUAUACAGGAAGUAACAGUACCAGAUCAAUGUAGAGCUGUGUACAGGAAGUACCAGUACCAGAUCAAUGUGGAGCUAUAUACAGGGAGUACCAGUACCAGAUCAAUGUAGAGCUAUAUACAAGGAGUACCAGUACCAGAUCAAUGUGGAACCAUAUACAGGAAGUACCAGUACCAGAUCAAUGUAGAGCUGUGUACAGGAAGUACCAGUACCCGAUCAAUGUGGAGCUAUAUACAGGGAGUACCAGUACCAGAUCAAUGUAGAGCUAUAUACAAGGAGUACCAGUACCAGAUCAAUGUGGAACCAUAUACAGGAAGUACCAGUACCAGAUCAAUGUGGAACCAUAUACAGGAAGUACCAGUACCAGAUCAAUGUGGAGUUAUAUACAGGAAGUACCAGUACCAGAUCAAUGUGGAGUUAUAUACAGGAAGUACCAGUACCAGAUCAAUGUGGAACCAUAUACAGGAAGUACCAGUACCAGAUCAAUGUGGAGUUAUAUACAGGAAGUACCAGUACCAGAUCAAUGUAGAGCUAUAUACAGGGAGUACCAGUAUUCUAUUAUAUACAGGGAGUACCACCCUCUAUUUGAGGUAGAUAUGUACAUGAAGGCAGGGUAAAGUGACUAGACAUCAGGAUAGAUAAUAAUAAGGUAUUUGAGGUAGACAUGUAUCAUGAAGGCAGGGUAAAGUGACUAGACAUCAGGAUAGAUAAUAAUACGAUUUUUGAGGUAGAUAUGAACAUGAAGGCAGGGUAAAGUGACUAGACAUCAGGAUAGAUAAUAAUAAGGUAUUUGAGGUAGAUAUGUACAUGAAGGCAGGGUAAGUGACUAGGCAUCAGGAUAGAUAAUAAUAAGGUAUUUGAGGUAGACAUGUAUCAUGAAGGCAGGGUAAAGUGACUAGACAUCAGGAUAGAUAAUAAUACGAUUUUUGAGGUAGAUAUGAACAUGAAGGCAGGGUAAAGUGACUAGACAUCAGGAUAGAUAAUAAUAAUAAGGUAUUUGAGGUAGACAUGUAUCAUGAAGGCAGGGUAAAGUGACUAGACAUCACGAUAGAUAAUAAUAAUAAGGUAUUUGAGGUAGAUAUGAACAUGAAGGCAGGAUAAAGUGACUAGGCAUCAGGAUAGAUAAUAAUAAGGAAUUUGAGGUAGAUAUGUACAUGAAGGCAGGGUAAAGUGACUAGAAAUCAGGAUUGAUAAUAAUAAGGAAUUUGAGGUAGAUAUGUACAUGAAGGCAGGGUAAAGUGACUAGAAAUCAGGAUUGAUAAUAAUAAGGAAUUUGAGGUAGAUAUGUACAUGAAGGCAGGGUAAAGUGACUAGACAUCAGGAUAGAUAAUAAUAAAGUAUUUGAGGUAGAUAUGUACAUGAAGGCAGGGUAAAGUGACUAGAAAUCAGGAUUGAUAAUAAUAAGGAAUUUGAGGUAGAUAUGUACAUGAAGGCAGGGUAAAGUGACUAGACAUCAGGAUAGAUAAUAAUAAAGUAUUUGAGGUAGAUAUGUACAUGAAGGCAGGGUAAAGUGAUUAGGCAUCAGGAUAGAUAAUAAUAAGGUAUUUGAGGUAGAUAUGUACAUGAAGGCAGGGUAAAGUGACUAGGCAUCAGGAUAGAUAAUAAUAAGAUAUUUGAGGUAGAUAUGUACAUGAAGGAAGGGUAAAGUGACUAGACAUCAGGAUAGAUAAUAAUAAGGUAUUUGAGGUAGAUAUGUACAUGAAGGAAGGGUAAAGUGACUAGACAUCAGGAUAGAUAAUAAUAAGAGUAAUAUAAAGAACAGGGUAGCAGCAGAAGAUGAUGAGUGUAAAAGUUUUUUGUGAAAGUGUGUAAAUGUAACCUUUAUUUAACUAGGCAAGUCAGUUAAAAACAAAUUUCUAUUUACAAUGACAGCCUACCGGGGAACUGCCUUGUUCAGGGGCAGAACAACAGAUUUUUACCUUGUCAGCGCAGGGAUUCGAUCCCGCAACCUUUUGAUUACUGGCCUAACGCUUUAACCACUAGGCUACCUGCCACCCCGAAUAUAUAGUGUGUACAAGAUAGGGUCAGUGCAGAUAGACCGGGUAACCAUUCAUUCAUUAUUUAGCAGUCUUAUGAUGUCUUGGAGCCUGUUGGUCUGAUAGCCGAUGCUCCGAUACCAUUUGCAGGACGGUAGCACAGUGAAUAGUCUAUGACUUGGGAGUCUUUCUCCAUUUUUCAGGUCUCCUCUGCCUGGUAUAGAGAUCCUGGAUGGCAGGGAGCUCGGCCCCAGUGAUGUACUGGGCAGUCCGCACCGUCCUCUUUAGUGCUUUGCUGUUGAGGGCGGUGCAUUUACCAUAUCAAGCUGUGAUACAGCCAAAAUGCUCUAGAUGGUGCAGCUGUUGAACUUUUUGAGGAACCUAGGGCUCAGGCCAAAUCUGUUCAGCCUCCUGAGGCUGACAUACAAAUCAUUAAAAUCCAGACGGAAAAUAUUUACACAGGAAGCCACCUAAUAUCACACAGUCAAACUCUUCAGUCAUUUAGUAAAAUCACCAUUCUGCGAUUUCUCACCGUUAAACAUCGCACAGUGUUUCAACAAGGGCUCUUUACGUCAUCGUUUUUAUCGGAGCAAGUCAACGCCCACAAUUUUUUUCUAAAGUAAUCUAGUAUCAUUUCAUUUCAACCCGAUAAACAAAAAAUAAAACUGUUACCAAUCUUUAUGUUAAACUACUUUUACAAAUAAAAAAAGGCGGGAAGAACAAAACACUAUAUUUACAUAAAACUCCCACAUGACUUUGUCUCUCUCUCUUAAAUAUUGAUUUAUUACAAUAUACAAGUGCAGAAUUUACAGUGGAAUCAUUUCUGCAGCAUAAGCAAGACAGUUUCCCCCAAUGCAAUCCUCAUAACCCAUAAUUUGCUUAUACUCAUAGGCCUCUAUCCUUGUCCCUUCUCUUUGUAAUAACAUCAUGCUCUGUUCACAACAGUGCAGGUGUGAAUGGACCAUGUUAAAUCAGUGAAGAGAAGUGAACAGGUGCACUAUUUGGGACAAAGAUAGUUGUGGCAUAGUCACUGUCGCCCUGCCCAGUACAGAUAGGAGACACCUGCAUUCUCCACUCACCCCUGACCCGUGACCUCACCUUACACUGCUGGCUAGGUCCUCUUGUUAUGUCUGUUUGUCAUAUUGGGACACAGUGUGUGUGUGUGUGUGUGUGUGUGUGUGUGUGUGUGUGUGUGUGUGUGUGUGUGUGUGUGUGUGUGUGUGUGUGUGUGUGUGUGUGCGUGUGCGUGCGCGCUCUGUUUGGACUACUACUAGUCUUUGCUGAGCUGUACUGUGCAGUACUGCUGUUGGAAACUUUAGCUUACACAUUCAUCCACAUAAACACAUGUAGAGACACACACACAGCCAUGCAUGAGCAUCUUCUGCAGGUGUGUGUGUGUUUUCUGAGCUCUGGCAUCAUAUUCAAUGACCUGCUCAGGGUGAUGGAUGAGGGGAAAACACAGGGUUCUCUAUA